AUGCUGCCUGCUGUCCUCAGCGCGGACCUCUGCUCGCUGCUGGGAGGGGUGGACAGGUACGCCAUGAGCGUCAUGUGGCAGCUCGACGCCCAGACGCUCACUGUCACCAACGUGUGGUUCGGUCGCACGCUGAUCCGCUCCUCCUACCAGCUGCAUUACGAGCUGGCCCAGGCUCUGCUGAAUGGGGAGGAGGCAGAGGUACCAGAGCUGGCCCGGUUCAGCUCUGAGGAGAGGGCCAUGAGGCUUACUCAGCUCACUGAGGCGCUGGAGACACUGACACAUGUAGCGAGACACCUUCGGGCUCAGAGGGACCGAGGAGGAGCGCUGGAGCUGGAAGGAGUGGAGGU